UGGAAGGAGAAUGAUUUUGAAAAAAUUAUUUCGAGUUUGAGUGAGUGGAAGUGAGAUGCGCGAAGUUGCUAUGAUCGUCGGCGAUGGCUGUCGUCAUUUAGUUAUUAAUUUUUAUUUUUUCUUGGACAUGAAACUAAUGAACAUCCGCAAUUCCAAAACGGAAUAUAAAAUGAGCUCCUGUAUUUUUCUUCCGCAUCGGCUCCCGUUUCAAUGUUUGUUAAUUGAAAUUGGCAUUUUGAUAGCCGCAAGACCGCAAUAGUUUUUGCUAAUCUAAAUUAUAAUUUUUCUUUUCUAAUUGUUUACGUAAAUGUCCGCUUGAUUUCCCUAUUUUUUAACUUGCGUUCAUGAAAAAGCAAGAUCGCUUUGUUUGAAUUUGGCGCGUCGUGGGCGAGUCGGUAAAGGAGAUCUCGAUGUAAAGUGCAUCUCGAGCAAUCGGUUCGUUAAAUCUCACUCCAAGUGUAUAUCGACCCACGUAUGGUGAAGUAUCCUGACAAUAAUCUCAGCUGCUUCCGCAUAAAAUCCGGAAUAAUCACGCUUAAGAAAUGAUAUCUCCGUGACAUCUAUCAACUCCAAAUAUUGUUUAUAUCCAUCAGUGGUGUAUAUAUUCUAACCAGAAAAAAAUCACGUAAAAAAGCACAACAAAAACAAAGGGAACGGCUGGUUAUUGGCGAUUUUUAGUCAGCCAUAUUUGCCCAGUCGACUGCAAAUAAAGUUUCAGGGAAAUAUCGUCUGACAGGAUGACGGAAACUAAUGGAGCUCCCAAUUCAAACACAAAGAAUGGAAAUUUCAUUUGUGGGGUUGUGGAAGGAUUUUAUGGAAGACCUUGGACGACUGAGCAGCGGAAAGAUGUCUUUCAAAAGAUGAAAAAAUGGGGAAUGGAUUCGUACCUUUACGCCCCAAAGGACGAUUACAAGCACCGAGCGUAUUGGCGCGAUCUGUACACAGUAGAGGAGGCCGAACAUCUGACAGGCCUGAUAACUGCCGCUCGAGAGAAUGGUAUAACCUUCUACUACGCACUCUCUCCAGGUCUGGACAUAACAUACUCCAGUGUGAAGGAAGUGACUGCACUGAAACGAAAGCUGGAGCAGGUCUCCCAAUUCGGUUGUGUGGCAUUUGCCCUCCUCUUCGACGACAUCGAGCCAGAGAUGAGUGAAGCCGACAAGGAGGUAUUCCAGUCAUUCGCCCAUGCUCAAGUAUCAGUGACAAAUGAUAUCUUCCACCACCUCAAUCAGCCAAAAUUCCUCCUUUGCCCAACGCAGUACUGUGCCACUAGGGCAAUGCCCAAUGUCCCCACUUCUGAGUAUCUGAACACCCUGGGCAGUAAACUAGCCCAGGAAAUUGACAUAAUGUGGACAGGUCCAAAGGUGAUUUCUCGCCUGCUGACAGUCGAGUCUGUCGAGGAGAUAACAGAAGUCCUCAGACGACCUCCAGUGAUCUGGGAUAAUCUGCACGCCAACGAUUAUGACCAGAAGCGAGUAUUUCUCGGUCCAUAUUCAGGUAGAUCUCCAGACCUAAUUCCGAAGCUGAGAGGAGUUCUAACAAACCCUAACUGUGAGUACGGAGCGAAUUUUAUAGCGAUUCACACCCUAGCCCAGUGGAGCAGGUGCAAUGUCGAUGGAAAACGUGAUCUAAGUCUCAAUGACACUGUGUCUGCUGAUAUUAAGUUGGAGACUGAGACGGAGGACGGAGUCGUGGGUGAGGAUGUACCCUCGACACUCUCGCCGAACAUGUAUCAUCCCAGACAUGCCCUGAAGAAUGCCAUAAACGAUUGGUUGCCCGAGUUCAGUAAGAAAAAAGCUGCCUGGGGCGUCAUUGCCAAGCCUCAGCCAGCUGUUGCUCCAACAAUUCCCAUCCCAAUAAUUCCCUCGAUAAAUACAUGCAUGAGCCUGACCACAACUACCAGCUCUGCUGUAGUAUCAGUGGCAUCAGUACCAGCAAUACCCAAUGCUAAUCAUCUUCAGGCCCUUGCCGAGGUCUGCUCUAAUGUCACCGAGAGCUUUGCACAACCCCUUCCAGGACCAGUUAUGAAUUCCUUAAUUUCGGAUACAAAAGUCGUCAGUGAACCUGUCAUUCCCAGUGUAAAUACUUCCAUGGGAAAUACUGGUGUGCAAAAUAGUGGAUCCACUGAGCCCAUGGAUUGCAACACAACUCCCAGCAAUUCACCUGCUCAUGUGGCGAAAAUACCGACUGACGAUGAUGCCAUGGUCGAGAAUACUUCUACGUGCAGUGGAACAUCGGGGAGCAUGCAGGUGGAGGUUGAUGGAACUUCUCCCACGAUAAAUGGCAAUCAGAUGAUUGUGGAGAACGAUUCGGAGAAUCAUGAUGGCGAGGGAACUGAGGGGGGUGAUGCCAAGGAUGUGGAGAAGAGACUAACUAUCGAGGAUCUUUCUUUACUUUGUGAUCUUUUUUACCUACCAUUCGAGCAUGGGGGUCAGGGGAUUCAACUACUGCAGGAGUUCAACUGGCUCAAGAGCAAUGCUCAUGUCCUCAUCAGAAAGGGCAAAGAGGAGGAUAGUUGUAAAGCUGAUAUUGAGGAGUGGCACACACGUGCUGGCAAAAUGAAUGACAUGUGCAAUUCAGUGAAUCGUUUAUUCCAACGGCUCACCUAUUGCAAUAAUCGUGAAUUGCUCUACGAUCUUUAUUCCUACAUUUGGGACAUGAGAGGAGUUGUAUCAUUGUUGAAUAGUUAUGUCAAGUGGCUGGCGUUUGGCAGAUUUCCAUCCACGAUGACAACCUUUACCCAGGGGAGCUACACAUGGUUCUCGAAUGGAUGGAAGGAGACGUUCAUGAGUGGAGACCAAGAGCCCUGGGUUUUCAGAGGAGGAUUGACCGCCGAUUUGCAGAGACUGAUCCCAGUGGACAGUGGGAACGAUUUAUUUGUCUACAAGGCACCUGAAAUCCCAACCAGUAAAAUAUACACUAUCCGACCUUAUCUACCUUCGGACGAGGAUGCGGUUUAUGCGGUGUGUAAUAGAAUAACUGGAGUCAGUGGAACUUCAGCUGUGGCAGACAGGCUCAUCGGUGGAUAUUUAACCAUCAGUCCAGAGUUUUGUAUGGUCGUGGAGGACGAUGACGAUAUUGUGGGAUAUAUUGCUGCCUCGUUAAAUGUUAAAACUUUCAAUCAGAAAAUGGCUGUGUCCUGGAUACCGGAAUUGCAGGUCAAGUAUCCACUGGAGGACAUCACGAACGAUCUUCCCUCAAGUGUUCAGGAGGCUAUAAGAUACUUCCAUUCAUUCACCACUGAUGUCCCAGAACAACUGGCUCGUCAGAAUCCAUCACAGAUAAUGUGUUCAGUAUUACCUACUGUUACGGAUCAGUCAAUUCCGAAGAGACUGAUAACUUGUAUUCUUGCUGCAUUGAGAGCAAAUGGUUCUUUCGGUGUCCACACAACAAUGUCAUCAAUGGACAAAGAAUCUCACGAGUUUUACGGUAAACUGGGAUUCGUAGAUUACAAUCCUGGGCAGGAAGAGAGCCCGGGUGUUAUCACCAUGUGCAGAAGCUUCUAACAGAGGAUCAACUCAUCAGUGAUAUUCGUCAACAAAGUUUACCUCCUUGGACCUGCACCUGACCGAACAGUAGUUUAACUCGAAAGAGAAAAAAAACAUUUGCGCAAAUUUUUUAAACAAACGGACAAGUUUACGGUUGACUUUAUACUAAAACAGGUACCACUCUGGGAGUGAAGUGUCAAUGAGUCGUAAAAAAAACUUUCGAAAGCCCUGCCAAAUUAAAUGUUUAUGGAGAAAGGCAGUUUUCUGUAAAUAAUGUAAGAGAAUUGGGGAAUUUAUGACGAAUGGCGAAAGGUGUGUGUGCCUCCUCAUAUCAUUGAUGCGUCACAGUGCAAUAUUCGUUAUUGCGCCUCCAUUUUACACUAAUCAGCACAAGUUUUAUAGAACAAAAUCAUUUAUUCGGAAUUCGCAGAUGGAAUGAGUCGUGAUUUUUACUGGAGAGUAAUUUAUAAGUCGAUUGCUGUGUAAUCGUGAAAUUGAUUGACUCAUCGGGGCUGGACAGCGACGUGAUUAGGAUGUAGUUUCAGAGGGUACCACUGACAAUUAUGUUAUCGAACUUUUAUACUGACACAUCCUGAGCGUGAACGCUUGUACUUCAAUUGCAUCGAGAUCACUGGGUAUUGAAGUAUACAAACAAAUUUUUUUUUUGUUUUCGAACACAAUUUCGAUGCACAAGUUUUUAGCUGGCUUUUUUAAUGAUUUCUAUUUUUUCUUUACUAAUGGGAUGAUGGUAUAGCCAGUUGUCUCAAUAGUGCAAACUAUGCAUUGAAUACUGUAUGAACUAUUACUCCUCAUCGGACAACCAUGUGAUCAGUAAGUCAUCAGAAUUAAAAAAUUGUCAAGACUGA